CAUUUAUUUCCGUUGUGCUUCUCUUCUCAAGCUAUAUACAGAUCUGGUCAGACUCGAGGCAGCAUCAAUUAAAGGAGACUCAGCAGAGUACGUUAACGACUCUGGAUUCUGCUCUAUGUAAAGGAACUAGGGAGUUAUUUAUGUAGGUGUACUCCUGGAUCUCACGCUUGUAGGGAAGUUGUGUAUCGGACGAUGUUGUCACUAUUAGGGUCAAGACACUUAUGCUGGAGAAUGUGAUCAGAAUUCAAGCACGCGGUGACUGCAUCAAAACAGGAAAGUCCAAUGAAGUGGCAACGUGUUCAGCCCAAACGAAAACGAGGUAAACACACGCUCUCGGAUAUGUUCAAUUACUCCAGGCUUUCUACACGCCCUCACUCGCGUCUAUCGUCAGGUCAAGGUGGUAAACUGAUAUAACGCACCACAUUCAUCUUUACGUCCUUCCAAUCUAACCUGCGUCAGAUAAUGGACUCAGACUACAUACAUCACAUCCGCCCCAGGGCAAUUAGCAGUCCUCACCAUCCUAAUUCGCUUCCCCAACACAGGUGUGCCAAAGUAGCUGAGCUACCGGUCUCCCCAUCACCAGCAUCCCGACUACACUUUCCGCGGCAUGAAGAUCGGAGUUGUCCACAUGAUUAUACCAGCGCUCGUCCUGUCCAAUGGAAACGCAUAAAUCCUCACGCGCUGGCAUGCGUCAAGGAGCAGGAGCACUACAUGCAUAGCAGACAUGAGAACCCAACAGAGCAAUGGGUGAACGAUCAGAUCCACUUGGCAAGCCGGCCAACCCAUGAGCGCCACUGGAUGAAGCCCGCGGAAACGGAGGAACUUCGACAUAGAAUGCGAGAUGAAUUCCUAUACGAAUACGAGGUGGAAGCGCAUGGGUGGAUGUCAUAUGAAGAAGAUAUGAGACGAAGAAUGCGGGAGCGCGAGGAGGAGAAGAACCGCCUGAUACAAAACGAAGUUAGACGAAUCCAAGCCCGCGUUCGCCAGCGGAGAGACAGCGAAAGACAUGUUAUUGCUGAAGAGCGAAGACGGGAAGCUGAGAGGGCGAAGGAAAGAGUGAUGAGGGAGCAGGCGAGGCUGGAACGAGCAACAAUGGAUGCUUGGAAUGUGUACGAGUUGCGAUGGGUAGCGCUAUCCGCUGCAUAUGACGGAAUCGUUCUAAAAUUCCGUGAUAUCCCGUGGCCACUACUUAUUCCUCCGCUGACUCCAAGUGAAAUCACUGCGGAGGGAAUCGCGGCAUUUAUUUUGUCGACGGCCCAUUCCCCAGAGCAGUCCCCGAAAGAGAGGAUACGCGCUGCUCUCCUCCGCUGGCACCCAGAUCGAUUCUAUCGAGUGCUGGGGAGAGUGCGAGAAUCGGAGAGGAAUGCUGUCGAGGAAGGUGUAGGGAUUGUGGUUCGAUGCCUGAACGAUCUUCUAACAAAGGAUAACAAGGCCUCCCAUAUGGUAAGCACCGUUCCUCAUCAGAAGUUCCAAAGCUAGCACUGCAGUCUGCUCACGGCCAGUCCACUGCAGGCUAGACGAGGAUCGAGGUUAUGAGUGAACCUAUUGCACGACGCUGGCGGAGUCGCAACUUGGGGUCAGCUCCUAUACCUUGACGCAUUCUACACUGUACAACAGCAAAGGGCGUUCAAGUUCCUGUUAAUAAAGUGUUUCUUCAUAAUAGACUCCAACAUUAAUUUUCUGAGGCAAGGUCUGAAUCUGAAGCUUGAAGCCAGGAGCGAAACCCCGAUGACAUUGCAUAAUCAAG